GUUGGUGACUGACUGCUCUUCCCGAGUCGCGACGAUUGACGGAUCGGAUCGAGGAUGAUUUUCCUGGAGAAUUGAAGAUCUGCUACCAUUUUCUCAGGAAUCGAACGAACUUCUCCUUGCUCUCGCGUCAAAUGGAUCUUACCUUCCAGCACAAGUUCAUCAAAGUGAACGGAAUCAACAUGCACUUCGCCGAGAAAAGCCCAUCCCCCGCCGCCGCCGGUGAAGGCGAUUUCGGCGGGAUUCGCGGCCCUCCGGUGAUCCUCUUCAUCCACGGAUUCCCCGAGCUCUGGUACUCGUGGAGGCAUCAGAUGACGGCGUUAUCGGCGUUGGGAUACCGUACGAUUGCGCCGGACCUCCGCGGCUAUGGUGACACCGACGCGCCGGAGAGCGUGGGAGCGUACACAGGUCUUCACGUAGUCGGAGAUUUGAUUGGGCUGAUCGACGCCAUCGUCGGGGAACGGGAGAAAGUGUUCGUAGUGGGACACGAUUGGGGAGCAAUCAUCGCAUGGCAGCUAUGCCUCCUCCGACCGGAUAGGGUUAGGGCACUGGUGAACAUGAGCGUUGUGUUCGAUCCAUGGAACCCUAAGAGGAAGCCAAUCCCGACAUGGAAGCACCUCUACGGUGAUGACUACUACAUCUGCAGAUUUCAGGAAUACGGGGCGAUAGAAGCGGAAUUUGCGAAGAUGGGAACUGAAAGAGCGCUAAUGGAGUUCCUGACGUAUAGGAAUCCAAGCCCUCUUCGUCUACCUAAAGGAAAAGGCUACAGUGUUCAUCUUUCACGCCCUUCUUGGCUAAGCGAUUACGAUCUUCAAUACUAUGUUUCCAAGUACGAGAAGAAAGGAUUCACAGGGCCAUUAAACUACUACCGGAACAUGGAUCGAACAUGGGAGCUGAUGGCGCCAUUGUCGAAGGCAGAGGUGAAAGUGCCGGUGAAGUUCAUAAUAGGAGACCAGGACUUGACCUAUCACCUUCACGGAGUGAAGGACUACAUCCAUGGCGGCAGGUUCAAGGCCAAUGUCCCCCUGUUGGAUCAAGUUGUUGUCUUGGAAGGUGUUGGACAUUUCCUCCACGAAGAGAGACCCGACGACAUAAGCAAACACAUUCACGAUUAUUUUCUCACUUUCUGAUUUUAGUUUUUCUUUUAUAUCAUCAAAAAUAAAAA